AUGCCGGAGCACGGCGCCGGGCGCAAGGGCACGCCGUUGCCAAUCUACGUGGGAGGCGCAAGUGGCCGUCAUGCGCCACGCAAGAAGCCGUUCGUGAAGCACGGCAGUCGCAACCGCAGUGGCGACGAAAAGGAGACGUCACCGGGCAAGCGGAAGGGCGUAGCGAUGACCGAACGACGCACAUGGAACGUGCUUUGGGCGCUGUUCAUCAUCGCCUUUGUGAUCUGCAUGGUGUGUCUCGUGACACUAGGGCGCAUGGUGCAGGACGGGAGCAUUUCUAACAACGCAGUGAACGGCAACAAACGCGGACUCUUUGCGGUGUGGAAGGAGAACCAGGUUUUGGCCAAACUCAAGCGCCUUUCGCACAUGUUUACGUCUGUGGACGAGACCAAAGUGAAGAACCUCGUGACAAGACAGGAGCUGAGCAAUCUGGGCGACUAUGAGUGCGUCGGCUGGAGACAAACGACCAACUGCACGCCGGCGGGCGAUCGCGAGUUUGAGAACGACAAGAACUGCUCCGAAUUAGUCUCUAACGGAGUUUCCGGCUACUGCGAAGUACGCAACACACGCACGGGCGAGGCGAAUCGCGUGUUGGAGAUGCACUGCGAUUCUUUGCGUCCUGGCGUGCAAUUCAAGUGCGACAUGUUCCAGAGUCUGCUGAGCUAUAAUAUCUUGUCCACCGACUACGAACACGACCCAAACUUCUCGUACACACACAACCAAGAUGUGUUUCGGGUGAGGAACAAGCUGUCGAACACGCCCAUCCCACUGGGUGCUGAUGGGUUGAAAAACGAGAGUGUUGGUCAGUUGGAAUUAUCAUUUGACCGCGGCAUCGUGUUUGUCAUCUACGAGAAACUGCUACUCGGCGCCUAUGUGAGUGUGCGCUCGCUGCGUGCGCUGGGAUGCACGUUGCCUAUUGAGAUGUGGUACAAGACGUCAGAGACGAAUGUGACACACCCGCUACUGCGCCUUAUGGUGGAGGAGUUUGGCGUGUAUCUGCGCGUGAUCGAAGACCCCUUGGCAACUCACUUUUACACGAAAUUAUAUGCGAUAUUUUAUAGCGCAUUCGACAACGUGUUGCUAUUGGACGCCGACAAUUUUGCAGUGCGCGACCCCAACUAUUUAUUCGACACGCAGGAGUUUGUAGAGACGGGCGCGAUCUUCUGGCCGGAUUUUUGGAAACCUGGCAACACGAUUUUCAAUAUCCAUAAGAACAGCUACGUAUGGGACUUUUUCGGCCUGGAUUACGUAGACAUGUUCGAACAGGAAAGCGGCCAGGUCAUGAUCAACCGACGCAUGCACUACAAGGCGUUGAAUGUGCUCAUGUACUACGGCUUCUCUCUGCCCCGCGCGCACGAGGAGUUGCGUCUCGUAUGGGGCGAUAAAGAUCUCUUCCGGUUCGCGUGGCUCAAGUCCAAGAGCACGUUUCACAUGACGCCGCGGCCCCCAGGCUCGGCUGGGACGAAACACCCAGACUACGAUCUCUUCUGCGGGGUUACCAUGGUCCAGCAUGACCCGAGCGGGCGUGUGAUUUUCCUGCAUCGUAACACUGAGAAGCUCACGUACUCUAAUAAUCGGAUCCUGUGGACUCACAUCCAGCAGUACAAACGCACGUCGUCGCUGCCUGGCUACUAUGUGCGUGGUGCCAACGGAGGCAAAGUCUUUCCGCAAUUCAAACGUUGCUUCGGUAAAGAUGUGCACUAUGAGAAACUUUUUACAUUGAAGCCGAUGAACGCGUUUCCUUUUGAGAAUCUUGAGGACGAUCUGUUGCGGUUUGCUGCUGCGGGCGCUGAAGUGCUUCGGCUUUCCGGGUAUGAAGAGAAGGGCGAGGAGCAGACCGAAGAAGCCAACAAGGUCGAGUCAUAA